AUGGCAAGUAGUAUGAAUCUACAAGUGCCUCGUCUCACAAAGGAGAACUAUGAGAAUUGGAGUCUUCAAAUGAAGGCACUAUUUGGCUCUCAAGAUAUUUGGGAGAUAGUCGAGAAAGGCUAUGUCGAGCAUCAAGAAGAAGCAGUAUUAUCAACAGCCCAAAGGGAACUGUUGAAAGAAAGUAGAAAGAAAGAUAAGAAGGCGCUCUUCUUUAUCUAUCAAGCUCUAGAUGAAGCAAACUUUGAGAAAGUGGCCAGUUCAUCUACCUUUAAGCAAGCUUGGGAUAUACUUCAAGUUGCAUUCAAAGGCAUAGACAAGAUAAAGAAGAUUCGACUUCAAACUCUCCGAGCCGAUUUUGAGUCACUUCAAAUGAAGGAAGCAGAAAAUGUGGAGGACUAUUUCACAAGAGUUUUGACUAUCGUCAAUCAACUACGAAGGUAUAGAGAAGCAUUAGAAGAUAUUCAAGUGAUAGAAAAAAUUCUACGCUCGGUAAAUGAUAAAUUUGAGCAUAUUGUCGUAGCUAUUGAGAAAGCUAAAGAUUUAGAGACAAUGACUGUUGAUGAACUAAUGGGCUCUUUAAUGGCUUAUGAGUAA